AUGCAGACCGGCGGGCACACUGGUUACUGCAAGUUUGCACCACAGCCUCCCCAACGUUGCCCCGAGUGUGGGGGCGUCCGUUUCGACUUCGACGCAAGUGCUGGUGCCUCUUUCUGCUUGACUUGCGGAUGCGUCACCGAGGAAAACACUAUCGUUGCGGAGGUGACAUUCGGUGAGACGAGCGGAGGUGCAGCGAUUGUGCAAGGAAGUCAUGUUGCUGCUGGUGCUACCCGAGCAAAGAUCAAUGCGCCUUGGGGCAGACAGGGUAACUUUGAAUCUAUGGAGCAGGCGAAGCAUAAAGCUCGCCAGAUCCUCCAAGGGCUGAAACGCCACCUCGGUAUUACAGAGACCGUUAUCGGCUACGCCGAGCGAUGGUGGAUUCUCGCGUAUGAGAUGGGGUUUACGAAGGGUCGGAGGAGUUUGUUGGUUAUUGGCGCAUGCUGCUACAUUGCGGUCAGGCAGCAUCAGAGGCCGAUCAUGCUCAUCGACCUAUCCGAUCUGCUCCAAGCAAAUGUUUUUGAUCUCGGGAAUGUCUACCUGCAGCUCGUCCAACUCCUUCCCGUGAAGAAUCUCGACUUGGUCGAUCCCGAAUUCUACAUCGAACGGUUCAGCAAGCUGCUGGAGUUCGGCGAAGACCGUGAGAAGAUCCGGGACGACGCAGUGCGUAUCGUGCACCGGUUCAAGCGGGACUGGCUGUACACUGGUCGCCGGCCAUCCGGUAUUUGCGGUGCGGCGUUGCUUCUGGCCGCGAGGAUGAACAACUACCGGAGAAGCGUGCUGGAGAUCGUGCAGGUUGUCAAGAUUGCGGAUACGACCCUGAAGAAGCGGCUGGUCGAGUUUGGAAAGACACCUAGCGCGAGCUUUUCCUUGGAUGAGUUCAGGCACAAGUGGUUGGACGUCGAGCAGAACCCGCCGAGCUUCACCAAAGGGCAGGAGAAGGAGGAAAGGGCACAGGCAAAGCUGCUUAAGCAGAGCUCGGGGAAGGAAAAUAAAAGGAAGGGGAAGAAACGGAAGCGUGGAGAGGAAGAGGAAGACGAGAGCGUUGCCGACUCCUCGGUCGCAGGAACACCUGGUCCUUCUACACCGGAGCCGUCCCCCAAGCGCCCCCGACUUGAGAAUGGACAGUCAUCUGUUAUUGCGCCAUCCGGCGUGAUUUCCAAGCGAAAGCGCGGAGAUAAGACAGAUGGAGCAGACGGUGAUGGCUCGGUCGUGGGAUUGUCGGCACCGCCAAGUCCCGCGACGAAACGACCUCGAUUAGAAGAUGAUUUAUCCGUUGUACCCUCUGUCCCAACUCUUCCUCCCCCAUCAGGGAUGCCGGACAUGAGCUUCAAGCGCCUUAUCGACGAGAUGGCAAGCAUGGGGGUGCCGCCUACGGAAACUGCAGCGGACGAACCGCUAUUCCUCCCCGAUGAGCCAACCCAAGUGGCCAGCAGCGGUCCACUUGUCCCGACGGCCAACGACGCAGAGGAGACUGAUCGGCUCAUUGAGCAGCUCAUCUCUUCGGAAGUGACGCUCCCUCUGACUGCAGAAAGGAGCGUGAUUGAGGAGUCUCUCGCCAUCGCUGACCAACUAGAUGAGAAACGUUUGCAGAUCAUGCGCGCUUCUGCACCUGCUUGGGAAGAUGGGGAGGAGGAGAUCGAUCUUGAUGAAGCAGAGCUCGAUGACUACAUCCUCACCGAUGCCGAGGUGGAAGCCAAAGAGCGCGUUUGGGUGGAGCUCAAUCGGCAAUAUCUGGAGAAAUGUGCAGCCAGAGAGGCGGUUGCCCAAGGCGAGGAGGAGCCUGCACCCAAAAAGCGAAAGCACUCGAACAAACGUACUGGGCCGCGUGACUCGAGCAACCCGCGCGGUGCCACACCUGCGGAGAGCGCCAUGGCUCUUAUCACUGGCACUUAUCGCAAGAAGGGAGAGCCGCAGGUGCGGAGCAAGCGUAUCAACUACGAUGCGCUAGAACAGCUUUUCAAUCGACCGCUCAAGCUAGGCGUGACAUCUCCAACCCAGAGCAAGGCUGGGCUUCGUUCUGCUGCGGAAGAGAAGCGCGCCGCCGCCGGUGGGGAAGAAGGCGCCGAGGAAGAAGAGGAGGAGGAGGAGAUGGAGGUCGUCGAGGAGGACGGACCGAUCCCGGGCUACAGAACGCUCCAGAGAUUCCAGGGCGGAGAACAAUACGACGAUGGGUACGAGGAAGUGUACGAUGAGAGUGGUUGGCAGGAAGAGGUAUAA